UCAGCCAGGAUUGUGGGAGCGAAGAGAAACAGCCCUCACAACAUCAUCAGCUACAGACGUCCACGGCUUCAACCGUCCCUUCUUUUCGCCGACACAUCACUGGAGACCAAGCAACCAUCCUCACUGUCCUCAAAGACACAGUCAGACGAGAGAGCGGCUAGUUUUUGAUAUUAUUUCAUAGUGCCGUUCUUUUUUGAGUUGCGUUGCUGCCAGUGCUGGAUUUAAGUGCGUCUUUGCGAAGUCCAUCCCGGGCACCCAACGGCUUCCUGUACGCUCUGUCAUUCGGCCGGACGACACAACCGGAGACUGCCUGUGGUAUCUCGCACUUACCGGACAGAUUUCAUGCAUAAUAAAGUACGGAUGCUGGAAUCUUUGAAUUGAUCGGAGCAAGUCAAGAGAAGAGAGAGAAGAGAGAGAAGAGAAAGCGUUUUGAGGAGAGGCAGAAGAAAGCAUAAAGUUCUUUAGGGAGAGGAGAGAAGAAGAAGACGGGGACAAUGGGGAGGAAAAAGAUUCAGAUCACGCGGAUUAUGGAUGAACGCAACAGACAGGUGACGUUUACGAAGAGGAAGUUUGGCCUAAUGAAGAAGGCUUAUGAGCUGAGCGUGCUGUGUGACUGUGAGAUCGCCCUCAUCAUCUUCAACAGUACCAAUAAGCUGUUCCAGUACGCCAGCACCGAUAUGGACAAGGUGCUGCUCAAGUACACCGAGUACAACGAGCCCCACGAGAGCAGGACCAACUCUGACAUUGUGGAAGUGAGUCCCCGGGCACCACACACACACACACACACACACACUUAAUGACCAUUGGGUUCA